CCACUGUCAGUGAAUCUUUCUGGCCCGUGGUAGCAGAUCAAUAUUUUUGUUGUUUACAUUAGUAGUGAACCCUGGACCAGACAGCUGUUUACACUCAAUCAGAAAUCAAGAAACUCAGGACUAAGUACAGCUGUCAAAAUGAUAUUUGAAUUGAUUUCAAAAGUGAUAUUCCACACCAGCAAUGAAUAAACAAAUGCCAUGAAACUCCUCAGUAAUGUGACCACACACAUGCAAAUUUACAGACAGACUGGCAAUAAGUCAGCCACCUGACCGUGGUACUGAACAGACUGGUUCUGUAAAUACUACAUUAUCUCCUAUCCCAUGGUUACAGUAUGACAUUUCAAACUCUGUGACCGAAAACUAUGAAUCUACGUCAACAACUGCUGUGAGAUUCACGGGUUCUUACCUGGACUCACAGGACCCUUCAGAGCAGCAUGUCAAUGUGAGCUUCAAAUGUUUUAUCUGUUCCCUUCACCUCCCCCUUCUGCUCCGCCCUCAUGGGGAUAAUGACCUCCUCCUCUCCUCUCUCCCCCCCGUGCUCCCUGCUGCACCUGGCCUGUGCGGAGGUGAGAGAACAUGUGCGACUCAGAGGGUGUGGCCCUGUUUGUACAGACAAGAAAACCCCUCUGACAACUAACUAAGAGUGAGAGAUGCAAAUUAUGUGUGUGUUCAAAUGAACUCGUUGACACCCGUGAAGGGUGUCCCAUAUAAAAGAUGUUUUCAGUUUCACUGAGAAUACAAACAUUCCUGUGUUACACCCUCCUUGAUCAAACUACAGUAUGUAUACACACAUGCAGGGUGUUUCUUCAGAUUAGACUGUACUGUAGAUCACACAACACAUAACAAUGUGAUAUAUUUGUGCUUUUAAAUACUUCAUUUUAACCUCAGACUCUAUUAAAAUGCUGCUCCCCAUGAGUUGUGAAUCAUAAAUGAUGAUUGGUUAUGUUUAACCAACAGAGGAGAGUUGCAUUGUACAUGAUGUACAGUAUCUAUAAGGUUCUCCUGAAAAAAACUGCCUCAUUAUCUGUUCUCCGAUUACAAUCAAAUGCCAACCUCAUGUUCAAACUGACCCUGGAAAGAGACUGGUUUGAAACACGAUGCUUCCCACAGAAGGAGAUAUGAAACAACAUUCAAGUUCAAAACCUCUUUUAUGACAGGAGGUUGUGCAGAGUGGAGUCAGAUUAAGCUCAUUUGUUGUCAAAACAGAAAACAAAUUUGUUUUUGAAGAUCUCAACAACUGCUUCUUCUGUACAUGAUUACGUUUCUUUAAACUGGAAGUGAAAAAUGAUCUGAAGUAUUUUAAUUCAGUAUAUAGAAGGGGUGAAAUGUAAACUGCUUGUAUUUAGUGUUAGCGUAUGUUAGAUCCACAGGUUGGUACUGAGGGUUCUGCAGAAGUUUGGCACAGUCCUACUUCUCUAAUUAUGCUAUUUUGUAUCCUCAGUCUGACUCAUGUCAAAGAUAUGAGAUGGAGUCCUGUGGAGUUUGCAUUUCCUAUGAAUAUGUAAACAUACAUUUAAAUGUGUGUGACUUUGUACACAAAAUGAGGAUGCAGGUAAGAAAGCAGCCAUGUGUGUAGGGUUAAACAGUGACAAAAUGUGGCCUCCUUACGUAUACAUGACAAUAGCAGGGUCUGUUUUUUUUGCUGACAUUCACAUUUUAAAUGAAAUCUAUUUAAGAAAGUGUUAAUUCAAACUAUUACCAUUUAGGAGGGUAGUGUUUGCGGUGAUGUCAACUUGCAUUUCCAAUAAACAUUAGGCAGCAAACACAUACAUAACUUGAAAUAAAGAUGCAGGAGCACUCCGGUUGGAGCUUUGUAAUAUUUUGUACAUCCUUAUUAAUACAAAAUAUUACAUACAAUAAAACUCAGCAGCACUACAAAAACCACAGCCUCUAAAUUGAAUGUUUAAUCAAAUUAUUUAGAAUUCAAGAAAAUGUCAAAGUGCCUGGCCUAAUAAUUCGAUUGUGAGAGUUGUUGUUUUUUCCCUACCUGAGCACCAUGUGUUAGGUAACGUCUAAUUUCACAUGUUCAGUGUUUGCUCAUCAUUUAUUUUUCCUCAUACUAUCAACCAACACGAUCACCACCAGCUGAAGCUCUCUGGUUUGUGCCAGCAGUGCCAUCUCCUGCUGAGCUAAGCACAGAGCAUAUUAGCAGCCUGUCAUGCUGCUGCUGAGCGGAUUACACUUCACAUUUACUGUACAUGACAUCCAAGGCCUUGGACAGACAGAGACUGACAGCUGGCUUUUAUACAACGAUGCAACCAAUUAUUCUCAUGAUGGACUUCGACUACUGCCGCUCUGUCUUUAGUGUACAGCCUUAUCUGCUGUUGUUUGAGACUAGUAUUAGUGAUGAUGCACGUGAGAGAAAGUCCGCCUCGCACAUGCAAUAAUAUGUUGACACCACAAAUGCCACUGUGCAGGAAAAACCAUGUUAAUUGCGAACUGCACGCGCGUACGCACGGUUCUAUCCGACGCGACCACAACAUCUGCAAGGAAAAGCCACCGUUUAAAUUAGCGACCAGAAAAUGGGUUAAAAAAACGGUGUUUCAGCUCCGUGUGUAUAGAAGCCUGCAGCACCCAGAAGUGAACAGCAGGCGACCCGGAAGGUUUGAAGUCCGACCCAGAGCGAGCAGAAAGAAGAGUCUAAUCCUUUAUAAAAUAUCCCUUCCCUCGCUGGUUCAGGAUGGCUGAACCUCGCUUUAACAAUGCCUAUUUUUGGUCCCCGCCUCCCAACAUGCCCGGCCAGCUGGAUAACCUAGUCUUGAUCAAUAAAAUCAAGGAGCAGCUGAUGGCAGAGAAGAUCCGACCGCAACAUCUGCCCGCUGCCUCAGCCCCUUCCCAACAGCCCUUACUGGCUCCCCAAAUCCAGGGGGAUGGCGGCCAGCACGCUAUGUCGAAAAGUCACCAGAUGCCGGUUCUCCACAGCCACAGCCCAUCUCAGCCUGAUAUCGCCCUGCACGCCCGCCCCGCCUCCAGCUCAGUCACAGGUCGUAUUCUGGGGGAUGUAAACUUGAAUCUGGACGAUAAGGCAGCUAUAAAAGCCAGAGGAUUAUGGGAAGACUGGCACCUCCGUCAACUUAUAGACUAUCCCUCCAGGACGAACCACGUCUCAGGUGUGGCGCUGGCAUCCAGAACAGGCAACCUGAACACUUCAGAGAUCAUCAGCCCCACUACACCCACCUUGAGCAACCACAACCGGCUCGGUGGAGCCCCCACACCUCACCUCAUCUCAGGUUUGGCCUGCUGCCACGGCAUGGAGCACGGGAAAAACAACGGGGGCCUCGUGGGACUCCUCGGCCCUCCUCCAAAGGAGGAACGAGGGCGUAAGAGGAUCAAAGCAGAGAAUGGGUCGUCUCUUUUGGUGGUCCCCUACCCAAUCCUGGCCUCAGGCAACGAAUGUGUCACCAUCACUACCAAACCAGGAAAAACCUACAGGUGUAAAAUGUGUCCGCUGACCUUCUUCUCCAAGUCCGACAUGCAGAUCCACUCCAAAACGCACACGGAGGCAAAGGCUCACAAGUGUCCUCACUGCACUAAGUCCUUUGCGAACGCAUCGUACCUGGCCCAGCACCUGCGCAUACACCUGGGCAUUAAGCCUUACCGCUGCUCCUACUGCGAGAAAUGUUUUCGCCAACUCUCCCAUCUGCAGCAACACACCAGAAUCCACACAGGCGAUCGGCCAUACAAAUGCCUCCACCCAGGAUGUGAAAAAGCUUUUACGCAGCUGUCUAAUCUGCAGUCUCACCAGAGGCAGCACAACAAAGACAAGCCCUUCAAAUGUUCCAACUGCUACCGUGCCUAUUCAGACUCUUCCUCGCUGCAGAUCCACAUGUCUGCACACGCCAUUAAAAAUGCCAAGGCCUACUGCUGCAGCAUGUGCGGCAGGGCGUACACGUCGGAGACAUACCUUGUAAAACACAUGUCCAAACACACUAUGGUGGAACAUGUGGUGUCCCAUCACUCCCCCCAGCACAGGACAGAGUCUCCCACCAUCCCUAUACGGAUCUCCCUCAUCUGAGCUCCUCACCCCGUCUCUUGCCCUCCCAUCAGAGACGAUUCCUGUGAUAUCUGCGCUCCUCUUAUGAACUUUGAACCCGUUAACGGGUUCCAAAAAUGUGCCAGAUUGUACAAGUAUCUUGUGAAGAGGUGCUCUUUUAAUGAGUGUAUCCUCCUUUCCUUUCUUGCUGACCAGAUAGUAUUAUCGGGGACAUCCAAAGAUGACUUCUCAGCACUUUCAGGCCAGGAAAUGACAGGCCUAAAAAUGUCGUUUCCUAUGUGACUACACGGGGGGGGAGUAUUGCUCCAGGCAGCUACAGUACAUAAAAAAUCUUUUUCAACUUUUUGUGUAAUAACAAGAUAACAUUGUCUUUUUUGAUAUGGUCCAUUACUUUCUUUAUUCAAGUAUUUGCAAAUAAAAAUAUAUUUGCAUCAGAAAGAGUCUUCCAUUAGCUGAGUGGCCAAGUCAGCAUAAAGGAGAAUGCUUAUAUAAUGCGUAUUCAUGUAUAUCUUGCCACUUGUUAUGUCAGUGUUUGCAAUGUUUCACCAAUCACACGGCCAUAACAUUUUCAUUACAGUAUUUUUUACCCUGGCGCCAACACAGUCAUGACGUGUGACUGAUAAUUAGACGAAUCAAUAUAUUUUCUUUUAGUUUGUGUUCAAAUGUUCUGAAAAUAGACUCAAGGCAGUCCUCAGGUUUCUUCUGUUCACGUUGAAUCAGUGCUGACGGUCUCCUAAAAUACUGUUGAAUAAGAAGGAACAAAGGAAUCACACAAACCAAGCAAAAACAACUGAAUUGAAACUUUAAUUGAUGAGAUGAAUGUGAGCGCUUCUGCUCAGAGUAAAUCAAAAAUGUGUUAUUAACA